GCGUGUUCGGAUGAAAUUACUAACAGGAAAGAAGCAAGCAUGGAGCUGGACGUAAUCCCACUCGGACUUCCUCCCACGAAAAUUCCGGUGCCACCCAACUACCGGAACGCGUCCCGUAUACUUCGGCAGGUGAUAGAAGAGAAGAAAAACCUCAAGUCGCUGUUGCAGGCUGAGAAACACUUUCGUGCCGGGAGAAGCAUCAUGAAUCGCAUUAUGGAGAACUUAUCGCAAAUCAAUGCAAUUAUUGAGCACAUGAAUUUGGCCGUCACCCACCCGCGAAUGAAUGUAUGGCUGGCACGGGUGUUGAUAGCCGAACUGCUUUUCGGCCGUGGCGAGCUGGUUGGCUCGUCCUUGCCGGUAGAAUGUAUACGAAGUUGUGACCAUCAAAUACGGGAAGCAUUCCAGGCUACCAAAUCGAGCGUUCCAGCUGUGACGAUUUUCAAAGAACCUCGUUUCGUACGGCUGAAUACUGCCGUCCUGAACAUGGAGGACGCCAAGCAACUGCUGAAAGAGGAAGGAUGGAUAUUGGUCGACGAUGUCUACGCGAGUUAUCGAGCGUUCUUGGACCGAGUAUCUGCCCUUUCGGAUUAUGAGUACACUGUGGACUUUCAUUUCAAUGACUUGUUAGUGUUCCCGAACAGUUCGAAAGGCUAUUGGGCGCGGGCGGAACAUCUGCGGUCAAAGUUCUUUCUUCAAAACAAGGCGUGUCUGCUUCCGACAUUUUUGCUAAAGCCAACGAAAAAAUCCGUCGUUUUGGACAUGUGUUCUGCUCCCGGCCUGAAGACAACGCAUCUGGCCAACCUUAUGAAGAAUAAGGGUCGCAUUUACGCCGUAGAGCGUAACGACGACCGCUACAAACUUUUAUGUCAGUAUACCGCACAGUUUGGCGUUAUCAAAACAAUUCACGGGGACUGUUUGGAUAUCACCGACGAUCAGGUGCCAGGCGUUGAGUACGUUUUGCUGGACCCUAGCUGCUCUGGCUCGGGUAUGCUGGAUCGUCUUCGCAUGAAGGAACCAGUGGACGAGAGUAGACUUUACAAGUUGGCUGGGCUUCAGUAUAAGCUCCUGUCGCACGCGAUGAACGCUUAUCCCAACGUCCGCCGCAUUGUGUACUCCACCUGCUCGAUCCACGUUGAAGAAAAUGAACAGGUGGUAAUGGGUGUACUACGUCAUAACGGUCAUUUCAAGUUGCUCAAUGCACGUACCGAACUUGGUAUGGAGUGGCUUCAUGUUGGCUCGCCUGAGUACGUGGGUGUCGGGGAACAUUGCUUGUAUGCCCGAUCGGAGGUUGACCUUGGGUUGAUCGGAAUGUUUGUGGCAGUCUUUAGCCGAUGUGAAGAAGGCGAACAAAACGAUAUAGCGCAAGAGCAGCAAAAGUACAGCUAUCAGCGGCUAGCAACAGUGGGCCAGAGUACUACGAAAGCAAGAAAGGAUCCCCACGUGCCACGCGAAAUUGAAGAGAAUAAUGCAGAUAACAAUGGAAAUACCAUAUUGCCAUCCCAGAACGGGAUGAAGCACAAUGUUCACAAUCCAUUCGAAAAAACAUCUGCACGCAACUCCGAUUUACAUGAACAAACCCUCACGCAAGAAAACGAAAACAUAGGUAUUGAUGCAGAAGUCGUUAACAAAAAAAAGGAUAAACGGAAAAAACGAAAAAGCGAGAUUCAAAACGAUACAGUAGAUCAUUACAGCGACACCAUUGCGACGACUGUAGCAGAGGAAGUAAAGAAAGACAAACACGAUAAAUCUAAUUCAGAAAUGGCAUCAGAAUUGGUGCGCGAGAAAGUCAAACGAAAAAAAGUAAAACAACAAAUUGAAGACCAGAUUUUGGAUCAACCUGAUGGAACGGUAGAAGCCGAAUCAAAUUUAAAAAUAUACAAUAAUGUCGAAAAUUUAUCUGAAAUCGUUGAUAAGAAGGUCAAAAGGAAAAAACGAAAACAUCAGGCUGAAGACAAUAUUUUGGAUCUAGUUGAUGAAAUCGUAGAAGCCAAGGAAGACAGAAAUAACAUAGAAAACGUACCAGAAGCCGUUGAUAUGGUGAAGGAGAAGCGUAAAAAACUAAAAAAGAAAGAUAAGAAAAACAGUGGUUUGGAACAAACUGAGGCAACGAUAGAAGUAGAGACAAACACAAAAAUGGAAAACCAUAUCGUAAUUGAAAUAGAAAAGGUGGAGAAGAAGGAGAAUCGAAAACGACGAAACCAUCAGCCUGAAGACAAUAUUUUGGAUCAUACUGAAACCGUAGAAGAAAAAGAAGACGUCAAUAAGGUAGGAAAUGUACCAGAAGUCGUUGAUGUGGUGAAGGAGAAACGUAAAAAACAAAAAAAGAAAGAUAAGGAAAACAGUGGUUUGGAGCAAACUGAGACAACGAUUAAGGCAGAAACCAGCUCUCAAAUCGUAAUUGCAUCAGAAAAGGUCGAUAAGAAGGAGAAACGAAAAAAAACGGAAACAGAACACUGAGGACAAGACAGCUUGACAUCCUACCGAGAUAAUACACCCUGUAUAAUAAUCAAACAUCAUAAUAAAAGGGCUCACCAGUUAUCUAUGGUCAUUU